AUGGAAUGGCUAAAUACGCCAACCUGGCAAUUCCCUUCGCAAUCCUCGCGUGCGGAUUCCACAAACUCCGAAGGAAACCAGAACCCUGAAGAGACCCAGCAGGCUGGGGAUUCAGGCAAUCCGCCGGAGCCUCCCAAAAAGCAUUAUCCGAAUCGCGUAUGUCGCAUCUGCCUGGAGUCCGUGCCUCCCACAUUUGUUCCCCCGUCGGAGCACGUGCCUGGCUUUCUCCAACGUGAGCCACGAGUCGUCUACGAGUCGGAAGACCCAGAACUUGGUCGUCUUUUUCGGCCCUGCAAAUGCAAAGGCUCUUCCCGUUAUGUCCACGAGGGAUGCCUUCAGACCUGGCGACAUGCCGACCCGAGCUAUGGCAGGAGACACUACUGGAAUUGCCCGACAUGCGGCUUUCAGUACCGGCUAGAACGUCUCACUUGGGCCCGCUGGAUUAGUAGCACCAUGACUCAGUUGAUCCUAACCUUUGUCGUCCUGAUCUUGACCAUCUUCAUUCUUGGUUUCAUUGCUGACCCUAUUAUUAACCUUUACGUUGACCCCGUGGAGACAAUAUACCAUGCCGAUUAUUGGGAGGGCAAUAGCUUAUCUGGAAAGCCAGCUACUUGGUUUGAACACUUCAUGAAGGGGAUGGCAUCACUAGGGCUGCUGUCUUUCAUCCAAGUCCUUUACGGUCUGUCGCCGUGGCACUGGUUCAACGUCCGAUCGUCUACCAUCGUUCGUGGCCGCGUCAACUCUGGGAGGAACCGAGUGUCCAAUCUCAGCUGGAUUGUCAUCGUGCUCGGUAUUGGCAGUUUUCUCUGGGCUGUCUACAAAGGCGUAAGAGCCUGGAGCCGCAGGACCUUGGAGAAGGCGGGUGAGCGUGUUAUGGACGUACCCUUGCCUGAUGACGAGGAAGAUGGUGAUGAGACUGAGCAGCCUGAACGACCCAAGACAGAGUAG